GGCGAUCGAUCUGAGCGGUGACGCAUGUUGUCAAGUUGACAAGAGCACGAGUCAGAUUCACAAAAGAUUCAUUUGAAGAUCCAUGAAACCUCGUCCACUGAUAUGAAGUAGAUUCAAACAAACAACACUAAAAAGCCUUUGAAGCUUAUGGUGGAAGAUCAGGAAGUAAAAUUGACUCCCAGUUCUCAAAACAAAACAAGGAAGUAGAGAGAGGUGUGGAGGUGCACAGACACCGAAGCGUCUUACAUGGUUGUGAUAAUAGAGAAGUUAAACAAAGAUAGAACGACGGUAUCAAAGCUUCAACGACGGUAUCAAAGAUUGAACGACGGUAUCAUCUGUUUAUAUUAUUAAACGAAACGCAGCCGGCGACGCGCGACCGAGGGAGGCACAGGAGACCGAGAGAAGGCUUCUUUACCCCACCCUGACCUAACUCUUGCCCUCGCCAUGGAUGCAUCCGGAGGUUGUUGGGACAAUCGGCUGAAUGAGGAGGACCUGCCUCAGAUGGAUGGCACAUGUGACGCUUGUGAACCAGAUGAGCCUCAGCCAGCCGGCCUGAUGUGCCCACUUUGUCGCUUUGCCUUCUGUGUCAGCCAUGCAGACAAACAUUCACAAAGCACCCGUCAUCAGCUGCAGGUGUACCGUCCUCCAGACCCACAGCCAGACAGCGAGCCAUCAGAACAUGCUCAGAUACCUGAAGACGGAGCAAAGGGGGCAGAUGCUGCUGCAGGUGAGGAUGAGGAUUUGACGCUCCCACGUGGAGGAAGGAAAAGAGACACAGUGACGGUGGAGAGGCUGAUAUGUAAAGAGCAUGGACAGGAGGGCUCGCUUUACUGUAAACAAGAUGAGAGGGUGAUUUGCGUGGUGUGUGCUGUGCAGGGAGAACACAAAGAACAUGAAAUUAUUACUCUCAAAGAAGCGUACCUGUGGCAGAAGAGCAAAGAAGGCAUCGACCUGUUGGAACAAACUCAAGUCAUAGCUGAGAAAAUCAAAGACAAAUGGACCUCCCCAGAUAUGAGUACAGAUGAACUGGAGCAGUAUGUGAACGAGCAAUUUGAUGAAUUGCACAGAGUGGUUCGACUGGAGGAGUGGCGCGUCCUGCACCUGGUGGAUCUGAAGGAGGCAUUCCUCACUGCUCAGGCCGCUGAAAGGAUUUCUGAGAUCACAGUCCACACUGAAAAACUUCAGGAGGAAAUGGAUUCUAUCACUCAGCAGCUUGGCGAGUUGGAUCAAGCUGAACAGGAUGGAGUUGCUUCCGUAUCCCUGGCUGCCCUGCUGGCUGCGAGACCACCUCCUCUAGGUGCUGUCGAUGACCACAGACGACUGGACCCCGGAGUGAGACUAAGAGCAGACCAUCAGAGGGACCCUGAAGAUCAUUCCGUAGAUGAAGAGAGAGGAGGAGAUGCAUAUAUGGGACAUGAACCCUAAAGUGAUGAAUACAUCCGGUCAUUUAAACCGAUGAGAAAAAUACUCUGGGCUACUCUGUUUUUAUCUUUUGUAAGGAAAAUCAUAUAAAAGCUGCCAGUAAGAGUCCGAUUUUGGUCCCAUGUCCAAGCAGAAAUCAGGUGUUGAGUGGAAAACAUGUGUUGUGUGAAUGCAAAACAUUUUUAUUUGGUUUUACAAUGUGAGGCAAAGAAUGCUCUUGUUGUGAGUCAGUUAUUUUUCUCAGACAUUCAUAUAUUCUUAUUUAGAUAUAGUACUGGUAGAGGGAAAUCAUUUAAACAUAUGUCAUACUGUCCUGAUCAGGAUUAUUGGGAUCUUUCUAAAUAAAUACAAAUGAACCAAUUUUUUUAUGAUCAGAAUUUGAGAAUGACACAAACAAAGUUAUUGCCAGAACUUUGCCAAGAAAUAGAGCUUUGAAAUGUUUCUUGAAGCAAUCCAGAAGCUUUUUCCACCUGUCUGCUGCGAGUGUCUGGGUUUAUUCUGCUAUGGUCUACAUGGGGCUGGAUUCACAAAACAUUCUUAAGAAGAAAAUCCUUCUUAACUGCCAACGUUUUUCUUAACUUUCCUAAAUUUUUCUUAAAUCAGAAUUGAUGUAUUCCCGAAAAAAACUUUUUAAGACAGUUCUUAGGAGGAAAAAAAAGAAUAAUCCAAAUUCUCUAAACAAAAGAUGUCGUACAUAUCAUCUUAAAAUGAAGACUUGUCUUAAAUCUCAAAAAUUGAUAUGUUUAAUACAUAUAUUUGAUUGUCUCACAUGUGACGUGUAGUGUAUUGAGCCAGAAUCAUAAUUUUGACGUUUGCUUGCAAUGCAGGAAUAUUUACAUUGAUAUAAUGAUGAGGUCUAGCUCCCUUACUUUAGCUAUAAAAGAAUGUGAGGUGCUUGUUACACACAAUGUUUAUUUUGUAGAAAACGAGGAAGCAAUUGUUAUCAUAGACAAAGCAUAUCAUUGUAUUCUUACGACAAAAAUUAAGAUGUUUUUAAGAAAAUAUUUAAGAAUGUUUUAAGAAGUGUUCGACAACUGCACUUAAAAACAUUCUUACAAACUUGCUAUAAAUGAAGAUAAGAACCAUUUUAUAUUUUGUCUUAAGAACAGUUUGUAAAUCCGGCCCCAGGUUUGGUAAAAGUGACUUUAUCUGUCUGAAGUCCCGUUCAGAUUGUGGGAGAUGUGAAAGAGUGAAACGAAUACCCGACAAACCAAGUUUUCAUGUCAAUGACGAAUCGAAUGUUCGCUUUCUUCUAUUUGACGCCCGCACAGAAGAUGGCGCUGAUGGAGAAUACAUUUCACGCCUAUACAGGUGGUGCUCGACCGCUAUUCAGGCUUCGGCUGCUGAGAAGAAGAAAAACUUAAACUUAGCGCGUAGCAAUACAGGCGACUAGUACUGUUUGCUUUACCUUCUUACAACAGCAGAACAAGAAAUGGAUGUCUCCAGCUGCAGCGAAGAUGAGUUUAUUGUUUUUGCCUGAAUGAGCAAAGGAAGAGAAAAAGAGAAUAUUGUGUUCACCCUAUUUUUGAGAAGACAGAGGAGCACAGGGCAGUUUAAUAGAUUGAUCCAGGAGUUACAGCUGUACCACCAUCGUUUUCAUCCUAACUUCAGGACCAUGGUCUGGGGUUUAUCAGUUACCAAAAGGCAUUUGCAUUGCAGCUGGGCUACUGAAGCAGUUGUAAAACAUGUGUACACAUGACUUGAUGUUUGUUUACAUGUCCCUGUGCUUUCUAACUACAAGCAAAACUGCUUAGUUAUUGUAUAUUAAUAAAAUAAUGUUCGAAUAA